UCAAUAAAAUAUAUAUUAUAAAAAAUAAAUAAACAUGAGUGGUUGAAGUGACCAUAUCUAUGGAGGAGUCUCACCAGAUUGUGAAGGUGCUCCAGGAAUGAAUAUGUUCCAAACCACUUCAUUCUCAAGCCUUGUGGCCAGUGGUGAAUAGGUGAAUUGUGAUGUGUGCGGAACAUGGGACCUUGGGGAAUUCCGUAAUCAAGAGGAGAAUGAGUAACAACAGCUAGUGGAGACAAAGAAUUCUCCCUUUUCCCCCCUCCAUGUUCCCAGUGGAGAGCUGAACCCAGCAUCCCAGAUUUGUGUGACUGCACAGGCAAGCAUUUGGAGACUAACUUUAUUUUGGUACCCUAGCCCUCAGUGGCUCAAGGUGUUGGUUUUCUGAGCAGACAGGAGGCUCUUAAGUAGCAAAGCUCCCUGCUCUCAGCAAGCCCAGCACAUGGGGAAGGGGGACACCCAGGAGGCGGCACCGCCCACUUCAGCCUACCGCUCUGUCAUGGAGGAGUACGGUUAUGAAGUGGGCAAGUCCAUUGGCAAUGGCUCCUAUGGGACAGUGUAUGAAGCUUACUACACAAAGCAGAAGGUCAUGGUGGCUGUCAAGAUCAUUUCAAAGAAGAAGGCCUCUGAGGACUAUCUUGUCAAGUUCCUGCCUCGUGAGAUACAGGUAAUGAAGGUCCUGCGACACAAGAACCUCAUCAACUUCUACCAGGCCAUCGAGACCACGUCCCGAGUGUACAUAAUUCUGGAGUUGGCUCAGGGCGGCGAUGUCCUUGAAUGGGUCCAGCGCUACGGGGCCUGCUCUGAGCCCCUUGCGGGCAAGUGGUUCUCCCAGAUGUCCCUGGGCAUCGCCUACCUGCACAGCAAGGGCAUCGUGCACCGCUUUUCUGCUCCUUGUAGGGACUUAAAGUUGGAGAAUUUAUUGCUGGACAAGCGGGAGAAUGUGAAGAUAUCAGACUUUGGCUUCGCCAAGAUGGUACCUUCUAGCCAUUCUUUGCGUAAUAGCCCUUCUUUACACCAAAGGAACUAUUUUACCCACCUCAGCCAGACCUACUGUGGCAGCUUUGCUUAUGCCUGCCCAGAGAUCUUGUUAGGCUUACCCUACAACCCUUUCCUGUCUGACACCUGGAGCAUGGGUGUCAUCCUCUACACUCUGCUGGUUGCCCGUCUGCCCUUUGAUGACACCAAUCUCAAGAAGCUGCUGAAAGAGACUCAGAAGGAGGUCACUUUUCCACCUAACUUGUCCGUCUCCCAGGAGUGCAAGAACCUGGUCUUCCAGACGCUACGUCAACCCAACAAGCGUGCCACCAUCCUGGACAUCAUCAAGGAUCCAUGGGUGCUCAAGUUCCAGCCUGAGCAACCCACCCAUGAGAUCAGGCUGCUUGAGGCCAUGUGGCAGCCGCUCAGCACGGCGAGUCGUCGCACAUCCUUGGAAAUCAAUAUCUGAAAGUGGCUGAGGCAGGGGUUGAGAGAGGAGCAAAGCAGGAAGGGUUUGGGGCUAAAAAUCUUUUAUACCAAAAAUAAAUCUAAUUCUGAUUAGUUUCAUUAGUUGGGGUCAAAGAUAUUCUUUCCUUAGGGAACCUUAGCAGGGAACACUGCUGAGGGUAAGAGGUGAUUUCUGCCCAGAGCCUGUGACUAGUAAUCUUGAUAGCUGUUAAGUCCACAUUGUCAUUCACAGUGUAGCUUAUAUUUGGCUCAUGGGGGAGGGUGUGCUCAGAUGAAAACAUGCUUUAGAGAAGUUCAUUAUUCUGGCUAAGUACAUGUUCACUAUUUUACAUUUCUUUGCACUUUAAAUGGUCAAGUCAUAGGGUAGAGGCCCUGGUUGCUCUGUUUGGUCAUGGCUCUGCCUCUGUCUAUAGUCUAAAGGGAUAGCAUUGUGUUAUCAAGCUUGGCCAGUGGUGCUCAGUGGUUGGAGGUCACAGUCCGAUUACAGUUUGGGGCACAUGCCCAGG